GCCGCUCGCGCAUGCGCAGUUAGCAGUCGCUGCUGGGCGGCUGCCGCCUGGAGCCAGGAUCGGUCUGGGAGACGCCGGGGACCGAGUAGUGGCCAGUCGGACACCUGAGCUGCCGCUGCCGGACACAAACCCGCAGGACAGGUAGUCACUAUGCGUUUCCAAGGUGUUGGACUGUGCUUGGGUCUUCUGGUCAUCACUGUCAAUGCAGAGCUCGUGAAUGAUGGUGUUGAGGUGGAAGACUUCAGUGAGAAUUCAGAAGAGAGUAAUAGUAAAGAAGACGAACCUUCCUCAGGGACUAUUAAAUAUAAGACACCCCAACCUAUAGGAGAAGUCUAUUUUACAGAGACAUUUGACAGUGGAAGGCUGGCUGGGUGGGUCUUAUCAAAAGCAAAGAAGGAUGAUAUGGAUUCAGAAAUUUCCAUAUAUGAUGGAAGAUGGGAAAUAGAGGAGCUGAGGGAAGACCAGGUGCCAGGCGACCGAGGGCUGGUUCUGAAGUCUAAGGCCAAGCACCAUGCAAUAUCUGCCAUCCUCGAAAAGCCCUUUAUUUUCUCUGAUAAACCUUUGAUAGUUCAAUAUGAAGUAAAUUUUCAAGAUGGUAUUGAUUGUGGAGGUGCAUACAUUAAACUGCUAGCAGACACUGAUGAUUUGAUUCUGGAAGACUUUUAUGACAAAACGUCCUACACCAUCAUGUUUGGACCAGAUAAAUGUGGAGAGGAUUAUAAACUGCAUUUUAUCUUCAGACACAAACAUCCCAAAACUGGAGCUUUUGAAGAAAAGCACGCCAAACCUCCAGAUGUUGAUCUGAAGGAGUUCUUUACAGACAGGAAGACUCACCUCUAUACUCUUGUGUUGAAUCCGGAUGAUACAUUUGAAAUAUUCAUUGAUCAGAAAGUUGUGAACCAAGGGAGCUUGUUGGAGGAUGUGACCCCACCUAUCAAUCCCCCCAGAGAAAUCGAUGAUCCCAAUGACACAAAGCCAGACGAGUGGGACGACAGGGCCAGAAUCCCUGACCCCAGCGCAGUGAAGCCGGAGGACUGGGAUGAAAAUGAGCCUGCCCAAAUAGAAGACUCGAGCGCUGUUAAACCUGAUGGCUGGCUCGAUGAUGAACCAAGAUUUAUCGCCAACCCUAAUGCUCAGAAACCUGAUGAUUGGAGUGACGACAUGGAUGGCGAAUGGGAGGCACCACGCAUGCCUAACCCAGCCUGUCAGAUUGGCUGUGGCGAGUGGAAGCCACCCAUGAUAGAUAACCCCAAAUACAGAGGAGUCUGGAGACCGCCCAUGAUCAGCAAUCCCGACUACCAGGGGAUCUGGAGUCCUCAGAAAAUCCCUAACCCAGAUUAUUUUGAGGAUGAUCACCCAUUCCUUCUGACUUCUUUCAGUGCUCUGGGCUUAGAGCUUUGGUCCAUGACUCCCAACAUCUACUUCGAUAAUUUUAUCAUCUGCUCAGAAAAGGAGGUAGCAGAUCGCUGGGCUGCCGAUGGCUGGGCAUUGAAGAUAAUGGUGGCAAAGGCUAAUGAGCCCGGUGUGCUCAGACAGUUAACGACCGCGGCAGAGGAGCGCCCGUGGCUCUGGCUCGUGUACCUUGUGAUGGCCGGACUGCCCAUAGCAGUAGUUACUUCAUUUUGUUGGCCAAGAAAAGUAAAGAAAACAUAUGAAGACAUGGGUCCUAAGACAACCGACAUAUGUAAACCGCUGACCAAGGCGGCUCUGGAACAAGGGGCAGAGGAGGAGAAGGCCCCUGAGAAGCCCGAAGAUUCGGAAGAGGAAAAGAAGCCAAGUGACAGUGAUGUCAUCAUCGCUGAAAAGGAAGAGGAAGUUGGUGAACCGGAAGAGAAGAGUGAAGAAGAAGGGGAAACCAUAGAGGCGCAGGAAGAAAUGAACAAGUUCGAUAAGUCUGGGUCUGAGGACGAGAUGAAAGAAGCUGAUGAGGGAACAGGAUCUGGAGAUGCCCCGGCAAAGUCACUGCGCAAGAGGAGGGUACGGAAGGACUGAAGUGUAUCAAGAUUGCAAAUCCCCGAGAGAGAGAGAGAGAGAGAGAGAGAGAGAGAGAGAGAGAGCGAGCGAGCUGGUGUUCUGGGCCCAGAAAGACAGCAGAUCCAUCUGCACAAACUCUUUCCAAAUAUCGAGCAAUGUUACUCUUUUAGAUACUUCUUUCUUUCUUUGGGGGGGAAAAAGCAACUUUGAAAUUAACUGGUCUUUGAAUUUAGAAUAAAAGAAAAGUGGCACAUUA